ACUUUCAGUAUUUUGUGUGUUCUGCCCAAUAGGCAUUACUUUCAGAGAUCAUGAGCCGUUUUCUCCUUCUCACUGUGCUCGUUGCGUCUGUUCUCGCUGCCUAUGAUGAUCUCCCAAAACCUGCCGAUCCUUAUCAACCACCAGGAACCGAGCCGAAAACCGAAUCGACAUGCCCAGAUCCAUACAAGAAAAUUAUCACUCAACUCCGCGCCGAGCUAGGCAAGGAUGUGUCCAGCAUCAAGUUCACCAACCAGCUGGGCUCCCGCGUUCAAAAGGCAUUUGGAUCCGCUCAUGAGAUUACUAUGGGACCAAGCGAGGCAACUCUUAAGACAAACUUCAACGGAACAAUCUGCCGUCAUGCUUCAACCGAUGGAUUCCACUACAUUGUCUAUCCAACUCCAGGACAGUACAACAUCAACAACGCCGCCGUCGAGGAGUACUUCGAGAAGUUUGCCGAGUUUGCCGCUCUCGGAAAGUCCGCCAACAUUGCCGACCUUCCAAAGGAUCCACGCAACGUUUGAGUGACAAGAUACCGACGAUUCUUUCAAAAAUACUCCUUACUCCUAUUACCUUUUGAUGUUUAUCUUUCUGUAAAUAAAUGUUUACGAAAA